UUAUUUUAUUCCAGAAGUCUGUUUGACUUCCAAAACAUUUGGAAACCAAAGUGCAGCUUCGGAUUGGCUGCAGGAAGCUCCUGCAGCAAUCGGAAGCUGUGGAAGCCCCGUUGAACGUUCGGCUUCCAAAAUAGUUCGCAAAUUCAGAACACUCACUUCCGGGUUUGUGGCAUUCGGGAGCCAAAAUGUUCAAGAACUAAGCUGUUUGAAAACCAAGGUACGACCGUAUCUUAGAUUUGAUUAAGUUCAAAGGGUGUGAUGUUGUGUAUCUCUUGGAAGGAAAAAAUAAUUAAGUGUUGUGUAGAUUUGCAGAUGUAGCAUUUAGAUAAAUGCAUUUAUAGGUGAUAAAUUUAUUGCUAGAUCAGAGAAGGGCAACCACUGUUGUGUAUUGAGUCAAAGGAUUUUAUAUCUGUAUUAUUAUUGUCUGUAUUUGCAUUAGGAUAAAGUAACUGCCUUUUGGUCCCAGAGGGUACAGCUACUAUUGGUUCAUUUAAGCUGUUGUAUUUGGAUCCUCUGUCUUAUUGGUUUCCUCCAAAAGGCAGCACUGUGAUUGCGUGAUAUUGUUCCCUCCAAAAUGUAUCCCUUCCUAGCUAGUCCCCUGUCCCUAUAAAUGUAGCUUUCCUCUCCUCAGUCUUCAGUCUUGUUCACUUUAAUAAAGAGCUGUUACUAGAGAACUGUCUCCAGCAUGUUUUGUCAAGAGAGCUGAAAUCACAAACCCCACGUCACAACAACUGGCGACGAAGGUGGGAUCCGGAAUGCUGAGGAGCGGUUAAACACAACCCUGCCUCAGAGUCCGGAUUGCAGCUGAGAACAAGACUCACUGGCCAGCUGAGAAGACGACCCUGCCCGCUAGGACAAUGGAGAGUCCAAGGGUAUUGGAGCCCUUCCAGCCAUCAGAGCCCCACACCUGGGAAGACUACGUCGAACGCUUCGAGUUCUUCGCAGUGGCUCAAGGGAUCACCGAUGCCAGCAAAAGAAGGGCCACAUUCCUGAGCUACUGUGGGCCCGAGACCUUCAAGCUAGCCAAGGCAUUACUUGCUCCAGCUAAGCUGAGUGAGACAUCUCUCCAAGAUAUUCUUGCCUGCCUAACAAGCCACUUGGCGCCUACUGAGACCAAGAUGGCCCGGCGGAUGGAGUUCCAUAAGAGGCAGCAGCGUGCUGGGGAGUCUGUAUCCACAUUUCUGGCUGAACUCCGGAAGCUCGCUCAGCACUGCGGCUUCCAAAAUCUGGAAGAGACUCUCCUGGAUCGGUUUAUUGGGGGUCUGAGCAGCAAGAAAGCCAGAAGACGCAUCGUGGCUAAAGAAGAGGUUACCCUUGCUUCAGCCUUGAAGGAGGCCACCGCCACGGAGAAUUAUGAAAGAGAGGAGCUUGAUGCCAGUCGCAAGGCCACUAAGCCACAGAUAGAAGUUGCGCAUGCCAUGGACGAGCUAGAGGCUACUCCAAGCCAGAGCCCAGUCCGUGGGGUUGAGUCGGUGCGUCAGGCCUGCACAGUGCACAGAGAUCGCCGAGGCAGUUGCCCAGGUUGUGGCGGAAACCAUGAAAGGAAGAGUUGUCGUUUCAGGGAUGCUAUCUGCCGGACGUGCGGAAAGACGGGUCACAUCGCCAGGGUCUGUAGAUCGGCGGCGUCGGGAGCGACAGGAGCACCUAGACUGGAGCAUCGCAGACCGCCCACAGCAACUCGUUUUCUAAAGGACUGCCACUACGUAACGGAGAUCAAUGGGAGGGCCGUGCAGUUUCCAGCGCAAGGCAAGGCACACGUCAAGGUGAAGAUUGAGGGUCAGCAGUGCGACAUGGAGGUGGACUCCGGAUCUGCAUUCACCAUCGUGUCAGACCAGACCGCGAAGACAUUCUUCCCCAGGGGUAAGUUGCCCCCUCUGGAGCCCUUUCCGGCAACCUUGCAGUCGUACUCAGCAGGCCGCAUCCAUGUUAUGGGAAUGUGUGCCGUGAGAGUACAGUUCCGGGACAAACAGGCUGUACUCAAACUGGUGAUUGCGAAGGGCAGUCGCCCCAGUCUCCUGGGCACUGACUGGUUCCCUGCCCUGGGACUGAGUAUCUCAGGGCUUAAUUCAAUCCAAACCUGCCCUGAGAUGAGCGAGGUAUUAUGCAAGGAAUUUGCUGGUCUCUUUAAUGGAAAACUGGGUUGUUAUAAAGGGCCCCCAGUUGACUUCGAGUUGGACCCCGGGGUGGCUCCAAUCCGACUCAAACCAAGGCGAGUGCCAUUUGCACUGCAACCCAAGAUCGAGGCAGAGCUGGAUAAAUUGGUCAAGCAGGGAGUUCUCGCACCCGUGGACUCUGCUAAGUGGGAGACUCCAAUCGUCACGCCCCUUAAAGCAAAUGGGGAAGUCAGGAUAUGUGCAGAUUACAAAUGUACUAUCAAUAAGGCACUCAGGGGAAACUCAUACCCCAUUCCAGUUGUAUCACAUCUGUUGGCUAAACUGGCUGGGGGCAAGGUGUUCGCCAAAAUUGACCUGGCACAAGCUUACCAACAGCUGCCAGUAACCCCACAAUCAGCGGAAGCACAGACUAUUGUCACACAUAAAGGGGCGUUCAGAGUUAACAGAUUACAGUUCGGAGUUUGUGUGGCCCCAGGGAUUUUUCAAGGGCUCAUGGAACGCCUGUUAAGAGGUCUGCCGGGGGUCUUGCCAUUUUUUGAUGACGUUUUGAUUGCUGGAAAAGACCCACAGGAACUGGUUGCGCGUGUCCGUGCAGUGUUGCUCAAGUUCAAGGAGGUGGGGUUGCAACUGAAAAAGGAAAAAUGCAGUUUUGGGGUGCCAACGGUGGAUUUCUUGGGGUUUAAAAUUGAUGCAUCAGGCAUCCACCCCACAGAUGCUAAGAUUAAGGCCAUCAUCGAGGCACCACGACCACAGAACAAGACGGAGUUGCAGUCAUUCCUGGGACUUAUUAACUUUUAUCAUUCGUUCUUACCCCAGAAAGCUUCGGUAGCUGAACCAUUACAUAGACUAUUGCAGAAAAAGAAUGUGUGGCGAUGGGGGCGGGAGCAGCAGAAGGCUUUUGACUCCUUGCGAGGAAUGCUGAGUAGCAGGAGCGUCCUUGCUCAUUAUGAUGAGUCAAAGCCGCUGGUCCUGGCAUGUGAUGCCUCUCAAUACGGUCUGGGGGCUGUGCUGAGUCAUAGGGAACCGGAUGGGUCGGAAAAGCCCAUCUCUUUCUAUUCCCGUACGUUGUCGCCCACGGAGCGCAACUAUGCUCAAAUUGAUAAAGAGGCACUGGCUAUUGUGUCUGGAAUCAAAAGGUUCUAUGAUUAUUUGUACGGUCGCCAAUUCUCCAUUGAAACGGACCACAAACCACUGUUAGGGUUGUUCAACCCAAACAAACAAACGCCACAAAUUCUCUCCCCCAGAAUGUUGCGUUGGUCAAUAUUCCUGAAUGGGUUCCAGUACACCUUGACCCAUGUGCCGGGGAAACAAUUGUGCCAUGCUGAUGCGCUGAGUCGCUUGCCCCUUCCUGGCGGGAGCAAUGAGGAUCCUGCUCCGGCGGAGCACAUUAUGAUGCUAGAAACACUUCCGGGGGCUCCUGUAACAGCUACGGAUAUAGCUGAGAAAACGAGGAAAGAUGCUGUUCUCUCCCGUGUGCUCACUUGGGUGGGGAGGGGGUGGCCAGGUGGUCCGCAUGAAGAAAAAUUCAGGCCUUAUGUGACAAGGCAGCACGAAUUGUCCAUGCAUAAGGGUUGUCUCCUAUGGGGAGAUAGGGUGAUCAUCCCAGCACCACUGAGAAACAGGGUUCUUGAGACGCUUCACAUGGGACACCCGGGAAUGGUCAGGAUGAAGUCGCUAGCCCGAUGUUAUGUGUGGUGGCCUGGAAUGGACCAGAACAUAGAACAAUGGGUACGAACAUGCAAGGCAUGCCAAGAGGUGCGGCCAGAAGUGGCCAGAGCACCAGUCCACUGGUGGGAGCAGUCCAGGACUCCCUGGAGCCGGCUGCACAUAGAUUUUGCGGGGCCAUUCCAAGGGAAGGUCUUUUUGGUUAUCGUUGAUGCAUAUUCCAAAUGGUUAGAAGUGGCGAUGGUCCCUAGCAUGGCAUCAGCUGCCGUAAUCAAGGUGUUGAGGCAGCUGUUUGCUACCCACGGGUUACCUGAGACCAUUGUAUCAGAUAAUGGGGCAGCUUUUGUAUCCCAAGAAUUCAGGGCAUUCUUGGCUGAUAACUUCAUAAGAGGGGUCACAUCCGCGCCCUUUCACCCAUCCUCCAAUGGGCAGGCUGAGCGCAUGGUAAGAACAGCCAAAGAAUCCAUUGCGCGCUUAAUGGAGGGUAACUGGUCGGCUCGCAUUGCGCGAAUGUUAUUUUUGCAGCAUGCGACGCCGUGUACUGCGACGGGCAAGUCGCCAGCCGAGCUGCUCUUAGGUAGAAGACUGGUAACGGUGCUGGAUUAUGUCCACCCAGAUAAAAUGCCAAACCGUAAUUCAAGAGCAACCCCCCAGGCUGAGACUGACACAACAAGGUAUCUCGCCCCUGAAGAUCUGGUCUGGGUGAGGAACUAUUCACGAGGUCCGCGGUGGGUGGCUGGUGUGAUCACCCGGGCUAGUGGACCUGUGUCCUAUUAUGUGACCUUGGAAAAUGGGCAAGUUUGGAAGAGACAUAUAGAUCAGCUGAGGCGCCGGGCGCUCAGCAGGGAGGAGUCAGAUAAUUCAUCCCUGGCUAAUGACGCACAGCUGCGAGACCAGAGUGAAAAUGGUCCAGAGGUGCAGUCACCAGGGGCUUCAGCAAAUGAACCAGGGUCUGCUAGUCCUCAUGAUGACGAGGUACAGGUCGGGGACCCUGAGAUGUCUGGGACUCCCUCUGUUCCUGAUGAAACCCCUAUAGCAGCUCCUCCACCACAGGUAACACCCAAUCCAGAACCUGCAACACCUGUUGUCAGGAGAUCAGGUAGAAGUUGUAGGACCCCACAGUACCUGAGGGAUUACGUCUGCUGUGCUCACUAGGGGGGGAGGGGUGUUGUGUAUUGAGUCAAAGGAUUUUAUAUCUGUAUUAUUAUUGUCUGUAUUUGCAUUAGGAUAAAGUAACUGCCUUUUGGUCCCAGAGGGUACAGCUACUAUUGGUUCAUUUAAGCUGCUGUAUUUGGAUCCUCUGUCUUAUUGGUUUCCUCCAAAAGGCAGCACUGUGAUUGCGUGAUAUUGUUCCCUCCAAAAUGUAUCCCUUCCUAGCUAGUCCCCUGUCCCUAUAAAUGUAGCUUUCCUCUCCUCAGUCUUCAGUCUUGUUCACUUUAAUAAAGAGCUGUUACUAGAGAACUGUCUCCAGCAUGUUUUGUCAAGAGAGCUGAAAUCACAAACCCCACGUCACAACAACCACAUUGUUUAUUUCUGUUUGAGAAUGGAUUAAGACAUUAAGGUUGCUAUUGGAUCCGAGUUGUGUAAGAAGAAUGUGUCAAGUUUUCUCUGUUGUGAUCUAUUAUUUAUUAUUUU